UGAUGAUGUCAUCGCAGUGGAGCCGCGCCGGAAAGAGUAGUCGGGCGGGACAGAUGUGGUCGUGGAGGUGUUGCUUCUUUGGCUGCACUUCGUGGCUUGAAUCCGUCGACAUCGGGGCUCUCUGUGGCCGUGCAGAAUUAUAGAAAAUGGCAAAGUUUGUGACACCUGUGAUCCAGGAUAAUCCCUCAGGAUGGGGUCCAUGUGCUGUCCCUGAGCAGUUCAAAGAUAUGCCAUAUCAGCCCUUCAGCAAAGGAGAUCGGCUUGGAAAGGUUGCAGAUUGGACUGGAGCUACUUAUCAGGAUAAGAGAUACACAAAUAAAUAUUCAUCCCAGUUUGGUGGUGGAAGCCAGUAUGCCUACUUCCAUGAGGAAGAUGAAACUAGUUUCCAACUGGUGGACACAGCACGGACACAAAAAACUGCAUACCAGAGGAAUCGCAUGAGGUUUGCACAGAGGAACCUUCGGAGAGACAAGGACCGCCGCAACAUACUGCAGUUCAACCUGCAGACGCUGCCUAAAAGUGCCAAGCAAAAGGAGAGUUUUUGUGAUCAUUCUUUCCUUGUUGCUUGCAGAGAGUGCUGUGGGGCCCUGGAGUACUAUGACAAAGCCUUUGAUCGCAUCACCACAAGAAAUGAAAAGAAUCUUCGUAGUAUCAAACGGAUCUUCCAUACUGUAACUACUACAGAUGAUCCAGUUAUCCGCAAGCUGGCCAAAACUCAAGGGAAUGUGUUUGCUACAGAUGCCAUUCUAGCUACCCUCAUGGCAUGCACACGAUCAGUGUAUUCCUGGGACAUCAUCGUCCAGAGAGUUGGAUCUAAGCUCUUUUUUGACAAAAGGGACAACUCCGACUUUGAUCUCCUGACAGUGAGUGAGACUGCUAAUGAACCACCACAGGAUGAGGGUAACUCCUUCAAUUCACCCCGCAACCUUGCCAUGGAAGCCACCUACAUCAACCAUAACUUCUCCCAGCAGUGUCUGAGAAUGGGGAAAGAAAAAUACACAUUUCCCAAUCCAAACCCAUUUGUGGAAGAUGAUAUGGAUAAAAAUGAAGUGGCUUCUGUUGCAUACAGAUACCGAAGGUGGAAGCUGGGAGAUGAUAUAGAUCUGAUAGUACGUUGUGAACAUGAUGGAGUGAUGACUGGAGCCAAUGGAGAAGUAUCAUUCAUCAACAUUAAAACACUGAAUGAAUGGGACUCAAGGCAUUGUAAUGGUGUAGAUUGGCGUCAGAAAUUGGACUCUCAGAGAGGAGCUGUGAUUGCCACUGAACUGAAAAACAAUAGCUAUAAACUUGCCCGCUGGACAUGUUGUGCGCUGCUGGCUGGAUCAGAAUAUCUUAAGCUGGGGUAUGUAUCCCGGUACCAUGUGAAAGACUCUUCACGCCAUGUAAUCCUAGGCACACAGCAGUUCAAACCCAAUGAAUUUGCCAGCCAAAUUAAUUUAAGUAUGGAGAACGCUUGGGGCAUCCUCCGCUGUGUGAUUGACAUCUGCAUGAAACUGGAUGAGGGCAAGUACCUCAUCUUGAAAGACCCCAACAAGCAGGUCAUCCGUGUCUAUAGUCUUCCUGAUGGCACCUUCAGCUCUGAUGAAGACGAUGAUGACGAUGAGGAGGAGGAAGAAGAGGAAGAGGAAGAGAACUGAACAUUGUGGCCAUCCAGCAGUGGUGAUAAGAGCCUGAGGGCACAUUCAGCGUCUGCAUUCUCUGAGGCUGGGUUGAAGCUGAGUCUGUACCUUGUUUGCUUCACCCCUGGGAAUAAAAUAAAAGUUCAACAAGUUU